CAGUGACAGCAUGGUCGAACAACAUACGCCCGACCCCUGGGCUUUCCCCCUCGGUGCGUUGUAUCUCUUCUUACUUCUAUCGAUCCUAGUCCUACAUUGCUAUGUGGGAUCUAGCGACACCGCGGAGGAGGAAGCCGGGGCGAGAGGCCAAGCCACCGCGGAGGAAGGGACUGGUCGACGCGGGGUCCGCUUCGAUGAUGUCCCCGAGAUCAUCGAAGUGCCGGCUCUCGACGUCGAAAGCACGACAAUGGACGAGGUCCUGAGUCUGCUUGGGGAAAUCCAAGAGGACAUGGCUGGGCUAGCUGGCAGAAUUGAUCGUCUCUCGUCAAAGAUGGGGAGUCACAUCGAACACCUGGCGGAUCGGAUUUCGGAUGCGGAUAACCGAUCACGCGUGCUACCCCUUCUAGAUUGGGAGGAGGAACGAUUCAAUUCGUUCUGGGUAGUGCUUGAGGACCAUGUCCAAGAGUCGUUCCAGGAACAGCUAGCCCGGGUGAGUGAGGUCGCCGAAGUAAUACAGCGCGCUGGUCAGGACUUGUUACAGCCCGAUGAGUACGAAGCUCUGACCAGGAAUCUCUGUGAUGAGAUUGACUACUCCCUCGGGGUAGUCACUAAGCUCAGACAGCGCGUUGCUUCGGAGGCGUCCUCCUCAUAACCGUCCUCGCGCCCUCUGAGGCCUCCUGACCGUCAGGAAGAACUGGCGGACAGACGCCGGACCCGGACCGACUCAUCUGCAUCAUCUUAAAGCGCCAUGCCUCAUGGCAUGGCCGUGCGGCCGGGGAAGGAGGGCAGGAUUUAGGAAGAGCGUGGCCCGGAAUCUGGGGGGAGGGCUGGUAACGACUUUCUCACGCGGCGAUCGCCAGAGGAGCUUGAGAAGGGCGCAGGUGCGGAACGGGGAUCCGUAUCCGGCGUUCAUUCAAGACAGCUCGCUUUCGUUUGCGAUGGACCAGUCCCCCGACAGAUGGCCCGUGGGUGAGGAAGAAGAACAAGAAGCACAAGAAGCUAGUCGGUUUCGGCUUUGGUCUUGGUGGCAAGAUCGAGUCUUUAACUGCUCUGCGGAUGAUGGUCUUCUUCUUCGGGAUUUAUCCCGUGUAGGUGUUGUGGGUCGGUGUUGGAUAGAUGGACAACGAGCUAGAUGAAUGU